GGUCGAAGGACAUUGAACUGUCUGAUGAUCCUUACGACUGCAUCCGACUAAGUGUGGAGAAUGUCCCCUGCAUCGUCACUCUCUGCAAGAUUGGCUGUCGGCAUGUGGUGGAUGCUACUCUGCAGGAGGAGGCCUGCUCCUUGGCCAGUCUACUGGUGUCGGUGACCAGCAAAGGAGUGGUGACAUGCAUGAGAAAAGUAGGGAAGGGCAGCUUGGACCCCGAGAGUAUCUUCGAGAUGAUGGAGACCGGCAAGCGAGUGGGCAAGGUGCUGCAUGCCUCCCUGCAGAGCGUUCUACACAAGGAAGAAAGCCUGGGGCCCAAGAGGCAGAAGGUUGGAUUUCUGGGGUGACUGGCAUGCAACCCCUGGACUAUUUGUUUUUUACUUUUGCAUUUAAACCGAAGUUUGUAUAUAUUUUUCUUAAUUGUAAUGCAUCGAAGGCAACAUUUGUACACACAAAAUUAAAGUCUAUUUUCUGGUCUGGUUUGGUAUUGCUAAGUUCUUCAGCUGCAUGCCCUGACACCAUUCAAUUCAGAGAUCUACUGCCAAGAGAGAGGGACAGGGGCCUCCAGGGAGAUUCCUGACAACAGAGUUCAAAAUGAUGACUGCGAACACUGUACUAAAGACCUGGCAGAAAGUGGCUUAAAGGAAGUGCUUAUGCUACAUGUUUUGUGGUUUUUUGUUCUUUUUUUUUUCUUUCCCCUCUGUAGAACUUCAAAAUAAGAAUAACAAAGAGCAGUUACUUACUUUGUGUAUUUGGUGCUUCUAUGGCAGGGAGAAGGGAAGCCCACUGCCUCUUGGGUGCCCAGCCUGGCUGGCCAGCCUUCCUGAG